AUGGGUGACAUGUCCGAUGAGUAUGCUGGCCGUGCAAGAACUGGGAUACAUUUUUUACCGAAGAACUUUGUUGUGUUGUCUCAUGAUGUACUGGAGAAAGGGAAAGCACACACAGAAACACUGGAAAACUGUCACUAUCAAGGACAUGUGGAGGGUUAUGAAGACUCUCUCGUAGCUCUCAGCACCUGUGAAGGUCUCAGGGGGAUCAUUCUCAUUGAUAAUAAUAGCUAUGGGCUGGAACCCAUCUUGCACUCCAAAGCCAAUGAGCACCUCCUCUUCCUGUUGAAGGACAGUCAGACAGAGCCAUUUGUAUGUGGACUGGCCAAUGAAACGUCUUCCAGCGAGGACCACUCCCAUUCCGCUGACAUGUCCAUGUUUUUACGGAAAAAACGAAACUUGCCUCAGACCAAAUAUGUGGAGUUGGUGUUAGUAGUGGACAACCUAAGGUUCGUCUUGAAAAACCAUGAUUUAACUGCCGUGCGUAAUGAGAUGGUCCAGUUGGCUAACUUGCUGGAUACG